AUGAUCGACUACUCGACGUCUAACCCGCGGGAUGACUUACUCCUGGGUUUUUCUGGACAGGAUAACUUCAAGGAAGUGCACAGGAGGUGUUUUAUAUUACGGUUUCUCCCAGCUGAUCCUCAAAGUGGUGAGGAUAGGUUAAAAGUAAGCUAUAACAUUGCUGUUACAAGAUCAGGAGAGGUUUUGUUGGUUGAGAGCAUUGUUUUUAAGGCAACCAGCUCUGACAUAAUGCCUAGGAGGAUGUUCCAUGUCUACAAGACAAAUCCUAAUCCAGAUUCUGAAGAUAUUCUCCACAAUGAGAACCUGUCUUUUGAGGUGGAUUCUCUAGGUGAUGAGGAGGCCCUCCUCCUUGAUUCUGGUAUCACUGUGCAUGCUGCCCUUGGUAUCCUCCAACCAAACUCAAUCUAUUACACCCGUCAUGACCGUGUCCGUAACUUUGCUCAGGUACCUUCAUCCCCGGCCCGGACAUCUGUGUUUUCAAUCUGGCGACAAAGAAACUCACACGCUUCCCCAUCCUCUCCUCCAAGGAUGCUCUUUGAACAUACACAAAACAACAAAACUUUGCCAAACCCGGGGAGGAGAACCACUCAGCCAAACCCGAAGCUCCUCAUGGGAUCCUCCUCAAGGAAAAGGAAAACAAAAAUGCAGACAACAAAGCCACCAGCUCGCAGAGCUUAA